CAGAUCAACAUGGAACCGUUAUUCAUAUCUCCUCUUGGAUUGGAAAAAAUUCUGGAAACUGAAACAGCUUUAGUUCAACUCGUAGAUUGUAGAUCAUUUAUUCACUUUAACAGAAGUCGAAUUUUAACAUCCGUGAACGUGUUCUGUACACCAUUGGUGAAAAAACGGAAUCCGAGAUGUCUUCCAUUAGAUGUUAUUAUGUCCAAAGAAGCAAAGUGUUGUUUAUCCAGACCGAAUUUAACCACUGUGAUAUUGUAUGAUCAGGAUUCCGACCAGUUAACCGCGUCGAAUGGAAGCACAGACUUAAAUCUUAUGUAUAAAAGUAUGGUUCGAUAUUUUGGAAAUAAGAAAAUUCUGAUCUUAACAGGUGGAUUCACGAGAUUUAAACAAGAAUGUCCAGACCUGUGCACACCUCAUCCGUCUCCUUUGGGAACAUAUUUGACUCUUCUAAUAAUGAACGACGUUGGUAGUGGUUUUUCAAAGGCCAGUUUCACACCACUUCUUUUCUAUUUUCAGACGCAGCCAGUUGAAUUGAUGCCUUAUCUCUUUCUUGGAGACGCUUUACACUCAACGAUGAAAGAUCAACUUCUCGAUCUUGGUAUAACCGCCAUUUUGAAUGUCUCUACUUCCUGUGCAAACCAUUUUCCCCAGGACUUCCGGUAUAAGAUUAUUCCAGUAGAGGACACUGCCAGUGCAGAUCUGCACUUCUGGUUCAAAGACGCCAUUCAAUUCAUAGAAGAAGAAAAGAAAGAUGGCGGAAAGAUUCUGGUUCAUUGUAAAGGAGGUGUUAGCCGAUCGGCUACCGUCUGUCUUGCCUAUAUCAUGUACACCCGAUGUGUAGGACUUGAAGACGCUUUUGACUUUAUCAAAUCACGUCGUGACAGCAUCUCACCCAAUGCGAAUUUCAUGAUGCAGCUUUACGACUACGAGAAAUUGGUUGUGUCUCAUUCCAGUUCAUCCCCCUUAUCUCCUUGUAGACUUUAUAACCCAGUCUUAUCUAGUUCAUCAGAUAGCAAUAGUUCUUCUCGCGAGAGUAGUGACGACAACGAGAACGGAAGUGACAUCGAAUUAUCUAGUGUUCCAGCACUGAGAAUUAUGGGCAAAAAGUGUGUUUCCACUUGA